AACGUUCACGCCACAGGGUUCUUUUUCCAACCGUCCCGCGACGACUUCGACGAAGUUAUCCCUGAGUACUUCCGUUGUCGCUGCGGCACGGUUCGAAAGCAGACCCGCCGCAACGGGUUUACCAACCUCAUGCAGCACAUGAGGCGUGAGCAUCCGAACUUCGAGGCCGAGAUGCUUGAGGCCACCACAGCAGAGACGGGGCCAUUGCUCAGCUACGUGCGCCGCUCCUCGCAAAACCUCUACGGGUGGCUAGUCUGGGUUGUCAUGAGCAACCUCCCACUUGCCUUUUGCGAGAAUCGAACGACACGGCGGUACGUUAGAAGCAAUUUGUUUUACCGUGAUUAA